AUGGACGACGGGCCUCCGGCGAACGAUUGCUGCUCCAUCUGCCAUGGAAGAUUCAAGGUCCCUUGCCAGGCCAAUUGCUCCCACUGGUUUUGCGGCGAUUGUAUCAUGCUUGUGUGGCAGCAUGGAUCUGCAGUUCAGGCGUGCAAGUGUCCACUCUGUCGCCGGUCGAUCACAUUGCUGGUUCCUAGUCAAGCUGCUCUAAGGGACCGCAAUGACACCGAGGUUUCUGAAGUUCUUGUGAAGGUUCAAAGGUACAAUCGUCUCUUUGGUGGAGAAACUUCUGGCUUAAUCCAGAGAAUGCAAGAUCUUCCAUUUUUUAUCAGGAGGUUGUUCCGAGAGCUAAUGGAUCCGCAAAGAUCACUUCCUCUUGUCAUUAGGGCCCGGGUUUAUAUUGCAGUGAUACUAAGCGCACUCUACACUCUCAGUCCUGUAGAUAUCAUUCCAGAAGGGAUACUGGGCAUAGUUGGUCUCCUGGAUGAUGCUCUUAUACUUCUUCUGUGCUUUCUUCAUGUUGCCGCCAUAUAUCGGUCCGUGCUCUACUUUCGCCAUGGUGGUUCGUGA